CGUAGUUAUGGCGGUCAGUCAAUAAUGAGUUUUCGUGCCAAUCAUGUCCAUGCGCGGUUGUUUGUAUGGUGGGGGACACUCGCGCGAAACAAGGCUGUUCCGUUCUUUGUUGGUAAUUUCUGAGUGAGACAGCUGACAGAUCGAUCUCCACAGUUCCAGUCGCCGGCGGAGGCGCUAAAUGAUCGCGAAUGUCACCGGGUGGGUACAAGGAAAAAGAAUCAGAAAGGCAUCAACAUCAACAAGCAUCCAGUUGAACCCAAGUACAGUUCCGCGAGGGCUGAACUCCUGAUUGGUGAAUGGGCCGGGAUGGCAAACAGGGCAAACAAAGUGCAGAGGGGCUUUACCGAUCGGGGUAUAUUGACCUGAGAUCCAAUCCUUUUCCCGCCGGAAUGCCUGCCACUGACCGCGCCGCUUUCCAGGAGAUCUUCCCCUCCUUGGCUGAAGAUAUCCUGGCCUAUGCGAAGGAGUCGAAUCUGCCCCAAAAUGCUCUGCAGUGGUUCGAGAAGGCCCUCAAUGUCAACGUUCCCGGUGGAAAGCUGAACCGUGGUCUUUCUUGUCCUGACACCGGCCUGGCUCUUCUGGAGAAGCCCCUGACCGAGGAGCAGUUCAAGCACCUCAGCAUUCUGGGAUGGCUCACCGAGCUUCUCCAGGCUUUCUUCCUGGUCAGCGACGACAUUAUGGACGGCUCGAUCACCCGUCGUGGUCAGCCAUGUUGGUACCGUCACGAGGGCGUCGGUUUGAUCGCCAUUAACGAUGCCUUCCUGCUCGAAUCUUCCAUCUAUAUCAUUCUCAAGAAGCACUUCCGCUCGCACCCCGCCUACGCCGACUUCAUCGAUCUCUUCCACGAGACAACUUGGCAGACUGAGCUGGGUCAGCUCUGUGACCUGAUCACUGCCCCCGAGGACAAGGUCGACCUCAACAACUUCUCCAUGGAGAAGUAUAUGUUCAUCGUCACCUACAAGACCGCCUACUACAGCUUCUACCUGCCUGUCGCCUUGGCUUUGCUCUACCUGCAGCGCGCCACCCCCAGCAACCUCCGCCAGGCCCAUGAUAUCCUCAUCCCUCUGGGCCAGUACUUCCAGGUUCAGGAUGACUACCUCGAUGCCUAUGGAAACCCCGAUGUCAUUGGCAAGAUCGGUACCGAUAUCAAGGACAACAAGUGCUCUUGGCUCGUCAACCAGGCUCUCCAGCGCUGCAAUGCUGAGCAGCGCAAGGUCCUCGACGAGGCCUACGGACGUAAGGAUGACGCUCUCGAGGCCAAGGUCAAGGCUCUCUACAAGGAGCUGGAUCUCGAGAAGGUCUACCAAGAGUAUGAGGAGAAGAUCGUCGGCGAGCUCAAGGAGAAGAUUGCCGCCGUGGAUGAGUCUGAGGGACUGAAGAAGGACGUCUUCAAUGCCUUCCUCGGCAAGAUCUACAAGCGCUCCAAAUAAAGGCUCUCGCGGCUGAUCGGUUUGCUCUGGGUGAAUUAGAACGAUACCCCUUCUAUGUCUUAUAAUUACACGCUUUCUGCCACGCCAUAGAUUAGCCAGCAUUUGAUCUAAAGAAUAUACAUUAAUGAUGUGACACCCUCAUGGGUACGAGAUAAAAGGUAGUACAUAUUGAUUUUGGGAGCCUCCUUGGUG